AUGGAGGGGGUUACUCCUCCAUUUUCCGAACAGGAGAAGCGCAUUCUUCUGGCCGAAGCUAUCAAGCAAAGCUCGAUUCCGGCCGAGAGGCUGCUGGCCUUUCUAAAUGAUGGUAAUGUGCAGCCAGCCUGGAAUCAUAUGAUCCUCCCAUAUGGCCGCACCCUACAAUCGUGUAUCGACGCGUAUGAAGCUCUCCGAAAUGGCCUCGCCGGUCGCCAUUCUCCCUACCCAAUCCUAGCACUUCCCAGUACUUCGAACAAGCGGAAAUCUGCGCCGGAAUCCCUCGAACACAUCUUAACUGCCCCUUCGCCGAAGCGGCGCCAGUCAGGCGUCGAGACUUUAUCAUCCGCGCGCGAUAUACGUCCCAAACCACCCUCGUCGAAUGGCUCCCCGCUUCCCUUGACCUCACUCGUGGGGCCUCCUGCACCACAACCAAAGAAACGAGGCCGCCCUUCUAAAGCAGAUGUAGAGUUACGGCAACAGGAAGCCAUUGCUAGAGGUGAGGUUUUACCUCCGUCGAAAAUUUUGACGCCAAAAGCACCAAAACAAGUAGUAGGACAACAGUCAAGUACCGCAGGGUUUACAGUCAUUGCGCCUAUGACCACGGCUGGCCCUCCAACAGAUCCUAGUGCGGCAGGGCAAUAUCAAGGCGAAACUAUCAUGGGAGACUCAGGGAAGAAGAAACGAGCUCCUAGGCAAUCUAAAGGCCUUAAAAAUCCCGGUGAAGCUACUUUCGCGGCUGUAAACCCACAGCCUAGCCAGACACCGCAGGUUAAGGAGCCCGAUCUUGAGAGCGCCCAGCUCCCAGCUCCGCGUCUUCCCAGCGAGCCCUCCCAGCCAGUUCCGCCGAAAGAGGAAGAAGAGAAGGCCCCUGCUCAGCCAGUUAAGACGGAGACUGCACCGGAAGUGGAGGAACCUGCAGAGGCACCACCACCAACCAAAACAUAG